UUUUAUUUUUUUUUUAUAUAAAAAAAAAAACAAAACUUUUUUUAUUAAUUUGAAAUGAAUACUAUGUUCAAGAUGUCUUAUUAUUGUUUUGAGACAACAAAAAAUCAUCGGCUCGUGAACCCUUACACCCAAUAUGGUCAACCUCCAUUUCCUUCAUCAAAAAACGAAAUAGUCGAACAAAUCAUUUCUGAGACGAUCGAUGAGGCAACACAAAUUAAAAUAAAGAAACAUACAACUUUACCUUUACCAGAAUUAAUCACACCAAGUGUUAAUGUAAGGACUGUUAAAAAUCCUCGACCGCAAAACUCCUUUGUAAUUUACAGAAGAAAUGUACAGGCUGAAAUUGCAAAAGAAAAAGGUACAACUGCAGCUGGUAGAUUGGAUUAUGUCUCAAAAUUUGCUGCAAAAAAAUGGAAGCAAGAAACUCAAGAAGUUAAAGAAUUAUAUGGUUUUUUAGCAGCUUGUGCUAAAAAAGUUCAUGAUUUUAUGUAUCCCGGUUAUGUUUAUCAACCAAAGAGACAAGCCACUACAAAUGAACCAAUGAUAAUGGUACAUGAACCCGGUAUUGGUGGUUAUAAACUUCGACCUUCCCCUAUGUCAACAAUGUCAACAUUACAGACUACAAUUCCAACAAUGCCAACUCCACCACAAACUCCUUUAUCAUCUCCUUCUGCAAGGAGAGCCACAAAAUAUGAUUCAAAUACAAAUUCAAACAAUACUAUGAUGGCUUCACCUCCUCAUUUUCAUACUCAAUUACCUCCAUUAUUUCAACAUACCCAACAACUACCAUCAUUGACGUAUGAUCCUCAUAUGUCGAGAAGAAUUUUACCUCCACCAACUCUUGACAUAAGUGAUAAUGCUAUAUCAACCAAUUCAAUGACAACUUAUGACAGGAGUUUGUGUAAGGAAUUCAACCGAUUGUAGAGGAAAAAAGAAAAAAAAAUAAUUUUUCACGUUUCAAAAUAACAACAAAAAUUCCGUUAAAGGUUCGAUCUUUUUUAUAUAUAUAUAAAAAUGGGAGUGGGAUGAAAAAUAAUAGAUCAGGAAAAAAAACUUUUUAUUUUUCCUCUUUUUUUUUUUAACCAUGAUUUAAAUUAACAUUUUCUCUAUUCGC